GUUCGGAAUUGCAAAACGAAUACGCCUAGAAUUUGUAAACCAUUCUAAAAUUAUACAUGUGCAGAAAAAAUGGCUCGAAAAGGGCUUCAAACUUUUGACGUUUUCAUCGGUAACUUACCAAACGAUGCGAAUGAGCGGAACAUUGGCAAAAUGUUUUCUCCGUAUGGAGAAAUAUCGGGCAUCAUUGUCAAAGAGACAACUAAAGUGUCGCCACCAUACAACAAAUUUGCAUUUGUCAAGUUUCUUUGUGAACCGGAUGCAGACAAGGCUGUAAAAGAGUUAGACAAGACUAAUGUACAAGGAUCGAGCAUUGCUGUCAAGAGAGCCGAUGAUAGAAAUGUACAGAAGAAAAAGACUUUUGGAGAAGGGGGAGGAAGGCGAGGCAUAAGACCAUCAGACACAGGGAAUCCAGAUCGUCAAGGAGAAUGGAUAUGUUCAAACCAAGAAUGUGCAAACAACAACUUUAGUUGGAGGACAACAUGUAAUCUUUGUAACACACCUAAACAGGAAACUGUUACAUCUAAUGACAGUGUUGAGAGUGGUAGCAGUAGAGGUGGACCAUCAUUUGCUUCCAUUGGAGCUGCAAUAGAACAAGAUACACAAUCACAAAGAGAGACGGUUCUGAUAACUUAUGUGGAGACACCUAUUACCCUGUGGAUACAGACUGUCAAUGAUGAGAACACAAAAAAAAUCUUUAGUAUAACCGAGCAGUUAGCAGCACUGUGUCCAGCAGCACAACCUGUCACUGGGCAGCCAGAUCCUGGAAAGGUGUAUGCAUGUUGUUUCACAGAGGAUAGUUUGUGGUACAGAUGUCAGGUGAAACAGAACCUGGGCACAGAUAAGUACAAGAUCCAGUAUAUAGACUAUGGAAACACGGAGGAAGUUGCUAUUAGCAGUCUUGUUGAGCUGGCUCCGAAUGUUGCCAAUGUGAAAGGUCUAGCUUGUAAAAUUCAGUUGCAUAACACCAGAGCUAAAGAUCUCAGUGAUAAACAGGGUAUUCAGUUUCUAAAGUCCCUGACAGACAAUCAGAUGGGUCAGUUAGUGCGUACACGAACUCUAGCAGAUGGAAGUGGUUCUUAUGGUCAGAUAUUUGUUGAAAAUGUGAGUUUAAGUGAGAGUAUGAUACAGGCAGGAUACUGUCAGAGCAGACCUGCAAUGGGAAAAUCAAACCAGCAACCCAGGCAACAGCUGAAUGAUGUGAGUAUGCUAUCUGAGGUACCGGGGCCCCAGAUGAUGGGACAGUCAUUUUCUGCAGGGAUGAAAGCUCAGCGAGACCGCAAUACUGUAUCUCCCCUUGGACAGCCACCUCCGCUAAUGGGACCACCCGCAAUGGCACAGCAGCAUAUGCCUAACAUGGGGUUUCCUAUUCAUAUAGGUCAACAGCACGACCAGAAAGAGAAAAAGCUUCAGAUUCAAUUGAGCAAAAAGAACCAAGAGAUAGAAAGAAUACGGAAUGAGAAAGACGCUGCUUAUAUGCAGGUGGAAUAUAUGCGUUCUAAGGUCAAGACUCUACAAGAAGAGUAUGCAGCAUCAGCAGCCAAGCUCCAGGAAGAUACAUUAUCAAAGCGUAUCAAUACUCUAGUUGCUCUGGCUGGUGUUGUAAGACAUCUCAGAGAACAGUUUCCUACCAGUAAGAUUUCAUGUUUACUAGAGGAAGCUAUGGCAUUAUGUUUAGACAAGGAUCGUGUAGACAACAGUAAAUGUCGGUCACUGGCUGACGUCAGCACAUCUCUAGCUAGAUACAAGGCAGCACAAGAUGAAAUAAGCAAGUGUAAAGAACAGUCAGAAUUACAAGAUCUGAUUGGUACGAGAGAUGAGUGUCGUCAAGACUUACACAAGAGUCUGAGUGCCUGUUUGGAGGAGAUGGAACAGUUGCCAUUGGAUACACGAUCUAAACUAGUACAGGAAACUCAGAUGAAGUUGGUAUCGACCUACACAGAAUUCUUGAAGCUUGAUGUUCAGGAUGUGCCAGCCCUUGAAAAUGUGGCUCCUGGCUUUACUACAUGGAAGACAAAGAAGGAUUUGGAAUUUGGAGAUGUACGAACAGCCACAGAUUACUGUGAGGGAGCUCUACAAACAGCCCUUAAUCAAGUUAAACAGAAUAUCAGUGUGGAGACAAUAUCAAAGACAGAGAAAUCUGAUGUAGAUAUAGAUGACCUUUUCAAGACUUACGCACAUGCUCUUCAAAGGGAGAUCAAUGUAACAGACUUGGUGCAUGGGAAGGAUGCAAACUUUGUUGCUGUGGUGAUAGCUUCAGUUAGGAAGGAGUUACAUCAGGAGGCAGCAACUCUAGAAAACAUCUCGGUGUUGCAUCGGGAAUUCUCUACACGUAAACUGACCAUAGAACCAUGGCUGAAUAAACCUCCAGCAUUCACUGACUUCCAGGAGAACAGGAAACAACUUAGAAGUUUGAAAUCCAAACUGAGACACAUACAGGCAGACAAACUCGACCUUGAAGAGAGUGGAGAUGAAGAAGAAUUAAUCAACAUUAAAGAGGAGGAAGAGAAAAUCCGAUCCCAGUUGCAGGCAGCACUUGUACAGUCAGAUCAGCUAUUGAAUGAGGUAGCAACAUUGGCUGAUUCAAACUUCCCAGAGCUGAUUUUACAAUAUCCAGAUCUUGGUAUUGACAGUUAUCUGUUGUACAAGGGUAUUGUGAAGGCAAACCGAGAAAUAGAUCAUUACUGUCUCAAGCCCAGUUUCCGGCCUGGUCUGCAUACAUCAGUUUUCAGUGGGGAACCAGUCAUGCUGCAGGAGUUUCAUAUAGGAGAUAGUGAGCAUUGUUCUAAAGAAGAUUUUAUGAAACAGCUAGUCAGUUACAAUCAGGACACUCAUCUUAUACAAGCAGUGUUUUUCUCAAAGUCUGACAGGUUAGCGUAUGUACAAAGUCGGUGGGAAGGCGGUCAGUUGAUAGAGGCAGCCUUAAAUUCACAAACUUUAAGUGCCGAGCAGCUCCAUGAAGUUUCUGUGAGACUAGCAGAAGAAGUGGUGGAAGUUCACGCUAGGGGUUGUAUACAUGGGGAGAUCACUCCGCAGACUGUAAUCCUGAGAGAAGACAAUUCUGUUUUGCUCAUGUACCCUGACUUCUCCAAACUACCAAAUGAUCGUAUCAGUAAACGUUAUGUGACAGAAGGAGGGUUAGUAUUUCAGACUCCGGAGCUGCAGUAUACCUCACCAGACAUCCUUGGUAAUGCUGCAGAUGUCUACAAUCUAGUACUGUUUAUUUUCUGGUUAUAUUGUCCAAACCACAAACCUACAUCACUACCUAAUGGCAGUCCCAAUGUCAAACAUUUGAAUCCCACAAUGCAGCAGCUAUUUGAUGCCGUGUUAAGUGGUAAAACAGCAACGCGGAUUCACUCGCAACAAGUGCUCAAAUUACUACAGGAAGCGAAACCCACACAGGAAGUUCCGCCCCAGCCGGCACCAGUUAGUGCACCAGUACCAGCAGCACAAGUUCCAGUCAUCAAAAGAACAGAUGAACCAAUGGAAAUAGGAGUAUUCCGUGCAGAGGAUUAUAUAACAGAGCCAAAUAUCCUGCCAGUUGAACCAGAACCAAAGUAUAACGUUUCUGCUGGAGCAGAUACUGAUAAUUCAUGGACAACAGAAAGUUCAUUGUCAGGGACCAACAGUAGUCGGGGAGAUUCACCACUUGACAAUACUGUGUUAGAGCUAGCAAAGUCAGAUAUGCCGGAGUCAGUGUCUAAACAGGAUGAUAAAAGUUCAGACAUACAAGAAAUCGCAGAAAAUUUACCAGUAAACUUUAAUAAUGAAGAUAAAACUGUGCAGGCUACUGACACUACUGCUGCCAUCCACACUGACAGCAGUGCAUGUGAGACAGCAUUAAAUACUGAACAAACCUCAAACAAUGGUGGGGUUAUUGUGGAGGAAGAAGGAUCUGACCUUACCGGAGUGACAGGGAACACAGAGAAGGAAUCUGAGCUUACGGGAGUGUCUGGGAUCGCAGAGAAGGGAUCUGAGCAUUCAGAAGUGUCCGGGAUCACAGAGAAGGGGUCUGAGCUUACGGGAGUGUCUGGGAUCACAGAGAAGGGAUCUGAGCAUUCAGUAGUGUCUGGGAUCACAGAGAAGGGGGCAGCAUGUGAGACUUUACCAGAUGAUACAUUGAAGACGUUACUAGAUGAAAGUAGAACAUUCCUCACGUCCCCAGAUCCGAAACAAGCCAAGUCCCCCCUUACAAGCCUGUUGAAUUUGGUCAGGAAAAGCACUGCAGUUGAAUAAAUGUGUCUGGAUCCUGAAAAAAUGUCCCUAAAUUGUUUUUGUUCUAAAUGUUUUAUUAUGGUUUAUGAAUAAUGCUGUUUUAUGUUUAAUACAAAGAUGAUUAAAAAAUCAAAUAGAAGAAUAAAUUGCCAUGUUUUUAAAAUUAAAAAGUAUUGGAAGCGAAGGACUAAAUAGAAAAGUUGUUGAAGAAGAGUUACUGACUAGUGAAGAAUUGAUUAGUUAGUUCUAUUAAAAUUAUUGAGAUGCAGUGUGUGUGUCUUCAGACUUGCACGCGUCUUACAGAAAUUGGUGCAGUGGACUGUAAUAUGGAACUGCAAGAGCUUGAAUUAAAACAAAGACUAAAUAUAUCUUCUUAUAAACUGCUGGAUCAAUGUUCACUAAUGUUAGGAGCAUAUUUAUAUGGACCUUUCAAAAAGAUUGUUAGAAUGAUUCUGCUUGACUACAGAAAUUGCACAAAUGGUUCCACUUGACUGCCUGUUUCUUAUUUGGGUCUUAUCUUCACAUUUUGAACAAAAGUAAUUUUUUUACUAAACUCAUUUGUUAUAUGUGUCGUGACAGAUACACAUGAUCAAAAGGUCAAGGUCAAGUGGGUGUUUUGUAGGCUGUCUUGUUCCUCUUGCUUUGGUAAAGAAUAGUUUUAUAACGGAAUAGUUGAUACUUCGUCUUGCUAAAGAUAACACACCAUACCUGUUUGUUCAAAUUGCUGUUUGAUUAUAAUAAAACUUUGUAGGAGACUUUGGUUCCAAGUCUUGUUGACAAUAUUUUCAGCUUGAGUGCUAGUAAUAACCAUUUAUUAGUCCCCUACUGGUUGAAAACCAGUUUCGGGGACUAUAGGAAUGCGCUUGUCCGUCAUUCCGUCCAUCUGUCCGUCCGUCCGUCCGUCCGCAAUUUCGUGUCCGGUCCAUAACUCUGUCAUCCAUGAAGGGAUUUUAAUAUUACUUGGCACAAAUGUUCCCAAUGAUUAGACGACGUGUCAUGCGCAAAACCCGGACCCCUAGCUCAAAGGUCAAGGUCACAAUUGGAGGUCAAAGGUCAACAGGGCUUUUUUCCUGUCCGGUCCAUAACUCUCCCAUCCAUGAAGGGAUUUUAACAUUACUUGGCAAAAAUGUUCCCCAUGAUGAGACGACGUGUCAUGUGCAAAACCCGGACCCCUAGCUCAAAGGUCAAGGUCACAGUUGGAGGUCAAAGGUCAACAGGGCUUUUUUCCUGUCUGGUCCAUAACUCUCCCAUCCAUGAAGGGAUUUUAAUAUUACUUGGCAUAAAUGUUCCCCAUGAUGCGACGACGUGUCAUGCGCAAAACCCAGACCCCUAGCUCAAAGGUCAAGGUCACAAUUUGAGGUCAAAGGUCAACAGGGCUUUUUUCCUGUCCGGUCCAUAACUCUGCCGUCCAUGAAGGGAUUUUAAUAUUACUUGGCACAAAUGUAUCUCAUAAUAAGACGACGUGUCAUGCACAACUUUCAGACCCCUGGCUCAAAGGUCAAGGUCACACUUAGCAGUCAAAUGUUAACAUAGCAUGAACAGGGUCUGUUUCGUGUCCGGUCCAUAACUCUGACAUUCAUUAAGGGAUUUUAAUAUUACUUGACACAAAUGUUCCCCAUGAUGUGACGACAUGUCAUGCGCAAAACCCACACCCCUAACUCAAAGGUCAAGGUCACAAUUGGAGGUCAAAGGUCAAUGAUUUUUUCUUCCUGUCCGAUCCAGAACUCUGUCAUCCAUCAAGGGAUUACAGUAUCACUUGGCAUAAUUGUUCCCCAUGAUGAGAUGACAUGUCAUGCGCAACACCCAGUACCCUAGCUUAAAGGUCAAGGUCACACUUUGAGAUCAAAGGUCAGUAGGAUUUUUUUCCUGUCCAGUCUAAAACUUUGUCAUGCAAAACAGGAUUUAGAUAUCAGUUGGCACAAAUAUUCCCCCGGAUGAGACAACAUGUUAUGCGCAAAACCCAAGCCCAGGGUCUAUUGUCAAGGUCACACUUAGAGACCAAAGGUCAGACACAAGAAUGACUUUGUCUGGAGCAUUUCUUCUUCAUGCAUUGAGGGAUUUUGAUGUAACUUGGACCAAAUGUUCACCACCAUGAGGCACCCUUGUUUUUAGAAUUACGUCCCUUUGUUUUACUAUAAAUAGAUUUUAUUGUAACUUUUUUAUUAUUGGCCGUAGAGAAAAAUUGAGAUCACUUUUCUGUGGUACAACAUGCAUGUUACAUCCAUUUUUUAGGUGUAUUUUGACCUAUCUCUACCUGGUAAAGAGUUUCUUGUGGACUUAUAUUAUAUAGAUUUUUUUUUUUUUUUUUUUUUUUUGAUUUUUUAAGAUAAAUUUCCCUUUGUUGGUACUAUAAAUAACUUAUAUGAUAACUUUUUUAUAAUCGGCAAAAACAUUUCAAUAUGAAAACAACUGUGGGUUUUUAUAUAUGCACAUUUUAAUCCAGGUGUGUUGUUAAAACAUAUUGUAUAUAAUAGUACAAUAUUGUUUAUACAUCAUUGACAGAUAUCAAUUCAUGAUGUUAUACUGCAGUAGAGAAAGUUAGGUGCCUUCCAGUAGGGGACUUUGUAUUGCAUGGCAAUACUUCAUUCACUUGUUCUCUUAUGAAUGACACUUAUAAGAAUUAUUGGACUUACAAGGGCUCUCUGCUAAUACAUUCAUUUCAUUUUGUUGUCAUUUUUUCCUCCAGGAUUUUAUAAAGUAUACAAAUAUGAGACAUUGUUUUGUGUCAAAUAUAUUUUCAAGGGUGUUGUUUUGUAAGCAUGAAUACAUUUUACCAUUUACUUCACUUGUACUUUUUAUCAAUUGUUAAAGUAUUAUUUUGAUCAUUUUAUAACUGAAACUUGAACGCUAACAGCAUUUUGUCAGUCCAUCUACAUGUUCGCUAAAUCCUCAUUUCUUAAAUAUUUGAAUUGCAAUUUUUGAAAAUUAUAAGAAUGUGAUCUUCCAAAAUGUGUGCUUGCUUAUAAUACAACAAGUGUGGAUAUGUAAGUAAAUGGCAAGAAUUGUGCUGGGAUAACAACAUGCCAGAUAUUGAGAGGAGACCAGGAAAGACGUGUCUAUGUUGAUAACAUGGCAGGAUAAAGAUAAUGAAGUGAUAUUUCUGAAGUUCUUAGUACAUGUAUUAAGUAACAAUUUGUUGCAACUAGUUUUGUUUAAAUAACUUAAAGGUCUUGUAAUGUUAAUAAAAGCACAAUUUUCAUUCAGCAUCAUCAAAUAUGGUUUGGGUUGGAUAGCCAUGGUAGCAGAUGGGUAUUUUCAAUUAUAUAUCUGGUAUUAGUACUUUAUAAACUCACUGGUUUAUGCUCUUUUUCAACAUUUUAUAUAUAUAGAGCAAUAUAAAAUGAACACAAAGAAUAUAUUUUUGUUUUGUUUUGAAGCCAUUUUAGUUUUUUUUUUUGUUUUUUUUUCUAAGUAGGACUAGACAAAAUGAUGUUAGCUUUCAUUUGAGUUUUUAUUUUAGAUACAAUUUUGUUAUUUUCCACAAGAUGUGAAUACUGUUACUAUGUUAAUACAAUAAAAACUAAGCUGUG